AUGAGCAACAACAGUAACAAGAGAGCACCAACGACCGCAACACAGAGACUUAAACAAGACUACCUUCGAAUUAAGAAAGAUCCAGUGCCUUAUAUCUGUGCAGAGCCCCUCCCAUCUAAUAUCCUCGAAUGGCACUAUGUGGUGCGGGGACCUGAAAUGACUCCCUAUGAAGGUGGCUAUUAUCAUGGGAAACUAAUAUUCCCCAGAGAAUUUCCUUUUAAACCUCCUAGUAUUUAUAUGAUUACACCUAAUGGAAGGUUUAAGUGUAAUACAAGGUUGUGUCUUUCCAUCACUGAUUUCCACCCGGAUACAUGGAAUCCAGCUUGGUCGGUCUCGACGAUCUUGACGGGCCUUCUUAGUUUUAUGGUGGAAAAGGGCCCCACACUGGGCAGCAUAGAGACCUCGGAGUUCACGAAAAGACAGCUUGCCGCACAAAGCUUAGCGUUUAAUUUAAAAGAUAAAGUCUUCUGCGAGCUCUUCCCUGAAGUGGUGGAGGAGAUUAAACAAAAACAGAAAGCGCAAGAAGAGCUCAGUAACAGACCUCCAUCCCUCCCUUUACCAGACGUUGUCCCUGAUGGGGAAGCACACUACGGUCAGAACGGAAUACCCCUUCUUAACGGGCACGUACCCUUGGCACCUGCCAAUCACCCCGGUCUCCAACAGGCCAAUCGUAACCAUGGACUUUUAGGCGGAGCUUUGGCGAACUUGUUCGUUAUAGUUGGUUUUGCAGCCUUUGCCUACACAGUCAAGUAUGUACUGAGAAGCAUAGCGCAAGAAUGAGAAUAAUAAAAGAAAUCCAAGACCAAAUUAGUGGUAGUUGCAGAAUGAGUGGGACUCUUUGGGCCUCUGACUCUGACACUGGGGUAAAUAUUUGUUUUA